ACUUUCAACUGUGGCGACCUGUUGAUUACCGAGUGACUUGGUUCAUUUUUCAUAAAGUGAUAUUCUUCAGACUCAAAGUGUCCAUUAAGAAGGAGCGACUACAUUUGUCAGGAUCCUGAAAAUUAAAAAACGGGGACUGGCCGCCUUGUAAAUCGUUAAUCGGAUAAUCGAUCAUUGCUCUGACAGAAGUGUCUGUGAGUCCCUCUUCACAAGUUUCUGUGAAAGUCUGUCUGUUUUCUCCAAAUGUCAUCAAAGUUUUGAUUUGUUUAAGACUCUCUCACCUUCUCACACUGUCCCGCUGCGAAUUUACCGCAUCAGAAGUAUAAAAGCAAGUGUCCAUCAUGAGCACUUAUUUCGACGAUCAGCCGCCCCAAUACUACCAGGGCACAGACCUCGGGGAAGAAGAGGAGGAGAUGCCCGCUACAGAGAAAGACUUGGCCGAGGACGCGCCGUGGAAGAAGAUCCAGCAGAACACAUUCACCAGAUGGUGCAAUGAACAUCUCAAAUGCAUCAAUAAGAACCUCACUGACCUCCAGAAAGAUCUGAGCGACGGCCUUAAACUCGUCGGCCUUCUGGAAGUCCUGAGUCAGAAGAAAAUGUACAGAAAACAUCACGUCAGACCAAACUUCCGACAGAUGAAACUGGAGAACGUGUCGGUGGCGCUGGAGUUUCUGGACAGAGAACACAUCAAACUCGUGUCUAUAGACAGCAAAGCCAUUGUAGAUGGGAACCUGAAGCUGAUUCUGGGUCUCAUCUGGACACUCAUUCUGCAUUACUCCAUAUCCAUGCCUAUGUGGGAUGAUGAGGAUGAAGAAGAGGUUAAGAAACUCACUCCCAAGCAAAGACUGCUGGGCUGGAUCCAGAACAAGGUUCCUGAGCUGCCUAUUAACAACUUCAACAAGGACUGGAGGGAUGGCAAGGCCCUUGGUGCCCUGGUGGAUAACUGUGCUCCUGGUCUGUGCCCUGACUGGCAAACUUGGGACCCCAACCAGCCCAUUGAAAAUGCACGUGAGGCCAUGCAGCAGGCUGAUGAUUGGCUCGGUGUGCCACAGGUGAUAGCUCCAGAGGAAAUUGUGGAUCCAGAUGUGGAUGAACAUUCAGUGAUGACGUACCUCUCUCAGUUUCCUAAAGCUAAACUGAAGCCUGGAGCACCUCUCAAGCCAAAGCAGCUGUACCCCAAAAAGGCCAAGGCCUAUGGACCAGGUAUUGAGUCUAAGGGCAACGUGGUUUUGAAGCCAGCUGUAUUUACUGUGGAAACACUGGAAGCAGGACUUGGUGAAGUGAUUGUUUAUGUAGAGGACCCAGAGGGUCACACUGAAGAGGCUAAAGUAGUCGCCAACAAUGACAAGAAAAAGACUUUCUGUGUCACCUAUGUGCCCAAAGUCGAGGGCCUCCACAAGGUGAAGGUACUUUUUGCUGGGCAGGACAUAGAUAAGAGCCCCUUCAUGGUAACUGUGGCAAAAGCUCUGGGUGAUCCCAGCAAAGUUCAGGCUCGAGGUCCAGGUCUGGAGCCAGUGGGCAACAUUGUCCAUAAGCCAACUUAUUUUGACAUCUAUACAGCAGGUGCUGGGGCUGGAGACGUUAGUGUGGUCAUUGUUGACCCUCAGAAUAAAAACAAUACAGUGGAAGUUCUUUUAGAAAACAAGGGUGAUAACAUCUUUCGUUGCACCUAUAAACCUGUGCUGGAGGGGCCGCACACUAUCCAUGUGAGAUUUGCUGGGCAGCCUAUACCCAACAGCCCCUUCAAAGUGAACAUCUCUGAGGCCCACCCAAAAUCCACAGUUGGGGCUCCUGUGCAGAUACUUCCUCAUAAAAAGAAAGCCAGCAAUGCCAAUGCUUGUCGUGCCACUGGCCGAGGACUGCAGCCUAAAGGUGUCCGGGUUAAGGAGAUGGCAGACUUCACAGUUUUUACCAAAGGAGCAGGAACUGGAGAGCUGAAGGUAUCUGUGAAAGGCCCAGGUGGAACAGAGGUGCCUGUGAAAAUGCGUGAUGUUGGCGAUGGAGUUUACAAGUGUGAUUAUUGUCCUGUUAAACCUGGAAAAUAUCAUGUAAACAUCACAUGGGGAGGCCAUCCUAUCCCAUGCAGUCCGUUUGAAGUGGAGGUCAGUGUGGAGGCUGGACCACAGAAGGUGCGGGCUUGGGGUCCUGGCUUGAAGACUGGAAUGGUUGGCAAGUCAGCUGACUUUGUUGUUGAGGCUAUUGGCACAGAAGUUGGAACUCUUGGCUUUUCUAUCGAGGGACCAUCUCAAGCAAAGAUAGAGUGUGAUGAUAAGGGUGACGGCUCCUGUGAUGUGCACUACUGGCCCACUGAACCUGGUGAUUAUGCAGUUCAUGUCAUCUGUGAUGAUGAAGAUAUCAAAGACAGCCCAUUUAUGGCCCACAUCCUCCCAGCAGCCAAUGAUGUCUUCCCUGAGAAGGUUAAAGCCUUUGGCCCAGGCCUGGAGCCUUCUGGAGUCAUUGUCAACAAACCAACACAAUUCUUCAUUGAUGCACGUGAAGCUGGCAGAGGCAGUUUGAAGAUCUAUGCUCAGAGGGCUGAUGGCUGUGUGAUUGACAUCCAGAUUACUGAGAAGGGGGAUGGCACUUUUGUUUGUAUUUAUGUUCCUACCAUGCCAGUGAAACAUACCAUCAUAAUUACCUGGGGGGAGGUCAACAUACCCAACAGUCCAUUCAGAGUUCUUGUUGGUGAAGGCUGUCACCCAGACAAAGUGAAGGUCUAUGGGCCUGGAGUCGAGAAAACUGGCUUAAAAGCUAAUGAGCCCACCUACUUUACUGUCGACUGCAGCGAAGCUGGCCAAGGUGAUGUCAGCAUCGGGAUCAAAUGUGCACCCGGUGUAGUAGGUCCAGCAGAGGCAGAUAUUGAUUUUGACAUAAUUAAAAAUGAUAAUGACACCUUCACUGUCAAGUACACACCCCCUGGCCCUGGCCGUUACACCAUCAUGGUGCUUUUUGCAGACCAGGAAACACCAAGCAGCCCAUUCAAAGUCAAGGUCGAUCCCUCUCAUGAUGCUGGUAAAGUCAGAGCUGAGGGACCCGGGCUGAACAAGACAGGUGUUCAAGUGGACAUCCCAACCCAUUUCACCAUCUUCACCAAAGGAGCAGGAAAGGCUAAACCAGAGGUGCAGUUCAAAACUGAUGUCAAAGGAGACAUCGUUAAAGACUUUGAGAUCAUUGAUAAUCAUGACUACUCAUACACUGUGAAGUACACUGCCCUUCAUCAGGGUGAGAUGGCUAUCAUGGUCACUCAUGGAGGAGAUCCGAUUCCUAAAAGCCCUUUCAGUAUCACAGUCGCACCUUUAUUGGAUCUUGGCAAAGUCAAUGUUCAAGGCCUCAAAGAAAAGGUGGAAGUUGGGAAGGACCAGGAGUUUAUUGUUUGCACAAAAGGUGCAGGUGGGCAGGGGAAGUUAAAUGUAAGCAUAACCUCACCCUCUGGUAGACCAAUACCUUGUAAGCUGGAAUCAGACAAGACCAAAAAGGCCACCUGUGUGAAGUACAUCCCACCCGAGGAGGGUCUUUACAAGGUGGACAUCAGCUAUGAUGGGAACCCUGUUCCAGGAAGUCCCUUCACUGUAGAGGGGCUAAUGCCUGCUGAUCCCUCAAAGGUGCGUGCAUAUGGGCCAGGACUUAAGGGUGGCAUUGUGGGUCAGCUUGCACUGUUCACUAUAGACACAAAAGGGGCUGGUGCUGGUGGUCUGGGUCUGACAUUGGAAGGCCCCUGUGAGGCUAAGAUUGAGUGCCAAGACAAUGGCGAUGGUACCUGCUCUGUUGCCUACCUGCCUACAGAGGCUGGUGACUACAACAUCAAUAUCUUGUUCGGGGAAGCUCACAUUCCUGGUUCACCUUUCAAAGCUGUUGUCAAGCCAGCUCUUGAUGCGGGUAAGGUUAUAGUGAGCGGCCCAGGACUGGAGAGGGCUAAGGCUGGUGAGGUGGCCAGUUUCAUAGUGGACUGCAGAACGGCUGGAGAGGCUGAACUCACCAUAGAGAUUGUGUCAGAUUCAGGAGCUCAAGCUGAAGUUUGCAUUCUAAAGAACAACGAUGGAACCUUCUCCGUCACAUACACCCCUCUCUUUCAUGGGAUGCACACCAUCACCAUUAAAUAUGGCGGUCAGCAGGUGCCCAAGAGCCCCAUAAAUGUUCAGGUGGAGCCAUCUGUGGACACAAGUGGAAUUAAAGUGUACGGACCAGGAGUUGAGCCCAGAGGGGUCCUCAGGGAAGUAAAGACGCAUUUCAUUGUGGACACUCGCUCUCACACUAAGACCAAAGGAAAUCACGUCAAGAUCUGCAUCAUCAAUCCCUCAGGCGCCAACACAGACGCAUACAUCACAGACAAGGGUGACGGCACCUAUAGAGUGGAGUACACUGCUUUUGAGGACGGUUUGCACCUGAUCGAGGUAUUUUAUGAUGAUGUUGCUGUUCCCAAGAGCCCCUUCAGGGUGUCAGUUGUAGAGGGUUGUGACCCAACACGUGUUCGUGCUUAUGGUCCAGGCCUGGAUGGUGGACUUGUCAACAAACCCAACUGCUUCACAGUAGAAACAAGGGGUGCUGGAACCGGUGGUUUGGGCUUGACCAUUGAAGGAGCAUCUGAAGCCAAAAUGUUCUGUAAGGACAACAAGGAUGGUAGUUGCAGUGUUGAAUAUGUGCCGUACACUCCAGGAGACUACGAUGUCAAUAUCACGUAUGGAGGCCAGCCUAUUCCAGGCAGUCCGUUCCGUGUGCCAGUGAAGGAUGUAGUUGAUGUCAGUAAGGUAAAGUGCUCAGGACCUGGUCUUGCUAACAGAGUGACAGCACAUGUUUCACAAACCUUCACUGUGGACAGCAGCAAGGCAGGACUGGCUCCUCUAGAGGUGCAACUAUAUGGCCCAACAGGGGCACUGGAGCCUGUUGUUGUUAAAAACAACCGUGAUGGAACACAUACUGCCAACUACACUCCUGCACAGGAGGGACCGUACACUGUGUCCAUCAAAUAUGCCAACCAAGAGGUUCCUGGCAGUCCGUUUAAAGUCAACUCAGCCCCAUCGCAUGAUGCUAGUAAGGUGCGUGCCAGCGGUCCUGGCCUGGAUAAUAAAGGAGUGGCUGCCAGUCUACCAGUGGAGUUCACCAUUGAUGCUCGUGAUGCAGGAAAAGGCCUUCUGACGGUUCAAAUCCUGGAUCCUGAGGGAAAGCCAAAGAAAGCCAGCAUCCAGGACAACCGAGACGGAACCUACACUGUAUCUUAUGUGCCAGACAUGACUGGCCGCUACACCAUCACCAUUAAGUAUGGUGGAGAUAACAUUCCAUACUCACCUUACAGUGUCCAUGCCUUUCCCACUGGUGAUGCCAGCAAGUGUCUACUCACAGUGUCUAUUGGAGGACAUGGUGUUGAAACCCUUGGACCCAACAUUAAGAUGGCAGAGGAGACAGUUAUCUCAGUGGAUGCUAAGACUGCUGGCAAAGGGAAGGUGACAUGUACAGUUCUGACCCCUGAUGGCAUGGAGCUGGAUAUGGAUGUUAUAGAGAAUCCCGAUGGUACCUUCGACAUUUACUACACUGCACCCGAGCCGGGCAAAUACGUCAUCACAAUCCGCUUUGGAGGGCAACAUGUUCCCAACAGCCCCUUUCAAGUCAUGGCUACAGAUCAGCCUGUUGUGCCGAGAGAUGAUACAAAGCCCAUGUUUCAACCCCUGAACCUAGUUAUCCCCUUCACUGUCCAGCAGGGGGAGCUCAGCGGAGAGGUGCGUAUGCCCUCUGGUAAGACAGCUCGUCCAUUCAUAAGGGACAACAAAGACGGAACAGUCACGGUGCAAUAUCAACCCACAGAGAGGGGUCUGCAUGAAAUGGACAUAAAGUACGAUGGCAACCAUAUCCCAGGAAGUCCAUUGCAGUUCUAUGUGGAUGUUAUGAACAGUGGGAUGGUGACAGCUUAUGGACCUGGUCUGUGCCACGGGACAGUCAAUAAACUAGCCACUUUUACUGUCAUUACCAAGAAUGCUGGAGAAGGUGGUCUGUCCCUCGCUGUAGAGGGUCCAUCUAAAGCUGAGAUCAGUUGCAAGGACAACAAGGACGGCACCUGCACUGUGUCCUACCUGCCCACUGCACCUGGUGAUUACAAAAUAAUCGUCAAGUUUGGCAACAGGCACAUUCCUGGCAGCCCCUUCACAGCUAAGAUCACUGGUGAUGAUUCACUCCGAAGAUCUCAGCUGAAUGUUGGCUCAGCGGCAGAUGUCUCCCUGAAGAUCACAGAAACAGACCUGAGCUUUCUGACGGCUAGCAUCAAAGCUCCAUCAGGAAAGGAUGAACCUUGCCUACUCAAGAGAUUGCCCAAUCGGCAUAUUGGUCUCUCCUUCACCCCGAAGGAGGUGGGAGAACAUGAGGUCAGCGUGAGGAAGAGUGGGAAACAUGUGACUAACAGCCCCUUUAAGAUUAUGGUAGGGCCAUCUGAGAUUGGGGAGGCCAGUAGGGUCAAAGCAUUUGGCAAAGGACUUGUUGAAGCUCAUACCUUUGAAGUGGCAGAGUUCUUUGUUGACACUAGAAAUGCUGGAUAUGGAGGGCUUGGAUUGUCAAUCGAGGGUACAAGUAAAGUGGAUAUCAAUUGUGAGGAUGUGGAGGAUGGGACGUGCAGAGUGAAAUACUGUCCCACUGAGCCAGGCAACUACAUAAUUAACAUCAAGUUUGCAGAAAAACACAUUCCAGGAAGUCCUUUCACAGUGAAGGUAACAGGGGAAGGAAGGAUUAAGGAAAGUAUAACAAGGAAGAGACAAGCUGCCUCUAUUGCCUCAGUUGGUAGUGCCUGUGACCUCAACCUCAAAAUUCCAGGAAAUUGGUUUCAGAUGAUGUCAGCACAAGAGCGUCUGACUCGUACCUUCACUCGCAGCAGCCACACUUACACACGUACAGAGCGCACAGAAAUCAGCAAGACCCACGGAGGUGAGACCAAGCGGGAAGUACACGUUGAGGAGAGCACACAGGUCGGCAGAGACCCAUUCAGAGAUGUUUUUGAGUCCUUGCUAGGAAGAGAGCGACUGGGUAGCUUUGGUACAAUGCGACAAGAAGGUGACACCGGGAUUCAGGGAAUGAUGGCCCAAGUGACAAGCCCUGGUGGAAAUGUAGCCGAUGCAGAGAUUGUUGAUAGUGGGGACAGUACCUACAGAGUUCGCUUUGUACCUGCUGAAAUGGGCUCUCACACUGUCAAUGUUAAAUAUAGGGGUGAGCAUGUCCCUGGAAGCCCCUUCCAGUUCACUGUUGGUCCCCUUGGAGAAGGAGGCUCCCACAAGGUCCGGGCUGGAGGCACAGGCCUGGAGAGAGCGGUCGCUGGAGUCCCAGCUGAAUUCAGUAUUUGGACAAGAGAGGCUGGAGCGGGUGGUUUGUCCAUUGCUGUAGAAGGUCCAAGCAAGGCUGAAAUCUCUUUUGAAGACAGAAAAGAUGGAUCCUGUGGGGUUAUUUACAUAGUGCAAGAACCAGGUGACUAUGAAGUUUCCAUCAAGUUCAAUAGUGAGCAUAUCCCAGAUAGCCCCUUUAUCGUUCCUGUUGCUACAUUGUCUGAUGGUGCACGCCGACUGACUGUUACGAGUCUUCAGGAAAAGGAUUUGAAAGUUAACCAGGAAGCAUCAUUUGCGGUUCAGAGGAAUGAGGCAACAGGUGUGAUAGAUGCUAAAGUUCACGCUCCCUCUGGUGUGAUAGAGGAGUGUUACGUCACGGAACUGGAUAGUGACAAGAGCGCGAUUCGCUUCAUUCCACGUGAGAAUGGCGUUCAUUCCAUUGAUGUGAAGUUCAAUGGAAGCCAUAUUCCUGGUAGUCCAUUCAGAGUCCGUGUUGGCGAAGCAGAAAAUGUUGGAGAUCCAGGCAUGGUGUCUGCCUUUGGUCCAGGACUUGAGGGUGGCCGCACAGGGGUCCCAUCGGAGUUUAUCGUCAACACAUGUGAGGCUGGUUCAGGUUCCUUAUCUGUUACUAUUGAUGGUCCCUCAAAGGUCAAGAUGGACUGCACUGAAUCACCAGAGGGUUACAAAAUCUCUUAUACACCUAUGGCACCUGGCAACUAUCUUAUAUCCAUCAAAUAUGGUGGACCGCAGCACAUUGUUGGCAGCCCUUUCAAAGCGAAGGUUACAGGCAUGCGUCUGUCUGGAGGUCACAGUUUACAUGAAACUUCAUCAGUCAUUGUGGAGACUGUUACUAAAUCAUCCAAGGUGGCUGGAGCUUACAGCUCUUUGUCCAGCUCCAAGUCAGCAUCAGAUGCCAGUAAAGUUGUAUGCCAUGGAGCAGGCCUCUCCAAAGCCUUUGUGGGUCAGAAGAACAACUUUACCAUUGAUUGCAGUAAAGCAGGUACAAACAUGCUGAUGGUUGGUGUCCAUGGUCCCAGAACUCCAUGUGAAGAUGUGGCUGUUAAACACAUGGGAAAUAAGCUUUAUGAUGUAACCUACACAGUUAAGGAGAAAGGGAACUAUGUUGUUAUUGUUAAGUGGGGGGAUGAAACAGUACCAGGAAGUCCCUUCCAUGUGAUCGUUACCUAAAAACCUUAAACCAACCAAACCUCUAGAUUUCCUAAUCAAGGCAAAACACUAAAGAAUGGAAAAUAUUGAAUGAAUUCAGGAGAAAGAUGAAGCCAAACUUUAGCCAAAAAUAAAGGUUUAUUUUAAAUGGUCACUCUCUGAGCAAAGUGUAUUUUAUGAUAGCUUCACAUCUUAUAAGCAGCUACCCUAUACUUAAUGCUAACAUGCGCAAACGCAUUUUCAAAACAGAUUUUUAAGCCACAAUGUACCAUUAUUUAUCAUUAGAAGAGUGAAGAGUUUCAAUUUAUAAAAAGGAAUGUAGUUUAAGUAAAUUGGUGUUGUCUUAGAAAGCCUGUUUUUGUAUAAUCACCAAUGAAGGAAUAUACAUAUACAGUAGGAAUGUCUUCAACACACUUUUGUAUGGUUGUGUUCAACAAGUUCAACAGUGUAUAGAUGUAUCCAGUGCUUUUAUAGAAUUACGUUUUAUCUUAACCAACUGUUUGAUAAGCAUUUAAAAAGUGAAAUAAAGACUAAACCAAA